AUGGCUUCGGCGCGACUGAGGGCGGUUUUUUUUCUAGAGUUGAGAUGUGAUUCCACGUCUCAUCUCAUCUACAGCAAUAACUUUACCACGGCUAACGCUCCCUAUGGCAGGCACAGCACCCCGAAUCCCAUUCCCGGCGGUAUUAUUAUCGCUGAAGGAGUGUCCAUAUCACGAAACACGAGGUUGAGUAGAUGGCCGCGCAUGCUCCGCUUGACGCUGAACAUCGUUUCUGUUGAUGCGUAUAUGGUGGGAGUAUAUCGUAGACGUGGCACGCGAUUGUCAAAGACGAUAGCCUGGUCGAAAGCUGUCAAAGGCGACUCAGAUUUGUUAAUGCGCCGGUCAAAAGGAUCCCAUUCCGGCAGCGGCUACAGCGAAGCGAAUAAGAGCCAGAGACUGUCCAAGUGUUUCGCCAGAUGUCCAGACUCCUGCCGCCUGGCGCUCCCUGUGGCUUACUGGGGGCCCGCCAUCUCUGUCCGCAUAGCCGCCAUUGAAUCAACGGAAGCUAAGGGCAACCUCUCGCUAUUGGGAUUCCCUUCAAUGACGCCCUUCUCGUUUCGCUCUGACACCCACGGCCAGCACGACCUCGAUUUUUGCCAUCCGGAUGGCGCCCUGCGCAAUGUCAAAGAUUCGACUUUCAGACUGCUAACAAUAGAAUGGUCCGGAAGUAGGCACACUGUCAGCCCCUAUGCCCUGUCAGGCCGUCCGGGAAGAUCCCGCACUGUAUCCGCUGUACACACCUCUGCAGCAGCGGCGUACGGUGUCUACGCCCUCAGAUCAGUCCAGCUACGGCGAGGCAGCGCCCUGCACAUAGCACUGCUACCAAGUCCGAAGUCAGACUACGUCGCAAAGUUCGCCGCAGAAUUGAAGGCGGCGCAUACAAGACGCAAGGGCUUGGCGAUACAGACGACGAGGAGUGCGGGGCUGGCCUCGGGGAGUUUUUUCGCUGAGUUCGAUGAACCUGACGACGCUGACACGCAACACGCUAGCGCUCCACUGCGCAACCACACAGGGACGCCGUUGACUAUUGCCACUGAUUGCUGCGUGCCGAUUGAACGUGUGUUAAAGCGCAGUGCUGAGCAUCGGAUUCAUAGUGUGUUGAAGCUGGAACAAGAAGUGUCAUGUGUCGAGAAAGUAAUUCGCUUGGCCAUACGAAAUAUAUCGCUGAGCGAGGAUAUCACUGGCCUUGCUCUGGUAGAUGUCAACAUCUAG